AUGCAGAAUAAACUGCAUGACGCCUGCUCAAAAAAUGAGGUGGAAAAAGUUCGUGAUUACGUUAAAAAACUAUCCAUCGAUGAGAUUAAUCAUAUUGAAAUUGAAACAGGAAAUACUGCACUUCACAUUGCUACGAACAAUGGUCACAUUGAAAUCAUCAAACUCUUACUAGAACGAAAUCCGUUCAGAUCAAUUCGAAAUAAGUGGAACAAAUGUCCUUUUGAUUUAGCACCAAAUGAUAACGUUCGAAGUCUGUUUAAACGAGAAAAUUGUUUCGAUCGUUUCUGUUCGAGACCUGGUAGCCUGUCAGCUCCAGUAUCCCCGGUAAACAACGAUAAAAAUGGUGAUGGCUGUUCAUUGUGUGGUGAAAAUGAUCCGUGCGAAUGGGAAAUUGUUGAUGAUUAUGCCGUCGCGAAAGCAGUUCGCUUUCGGCAAGAAUUGAACUAUUCACUAUUUGCUCGAAAUAAUAUUAAUCGUGACUUGAAAAACAAAAUUUACUCAAUCAACAAAGGUUAUCUCGAUUCGAGACUUCGUGGCAUGCAUCACAUUGACAGUAUCAAGGCAUAUUUCAGAAAAGCCAUCGAAGAAGAGGAUCCGUUCGAGAUAGUGCGUGCUUAUACUUCACCUGCUGUCAACUUUUACAAAUACGUCAACUGCGAUAUGGCACGAAACAUCAUUCAUGACUUAAGACAAGGAUGCUCGAAGUUCUACUGCACUCGUCUUUAUUUAGCUCAAGAUGGCGUCAUGACUAUUACUUCGAUUCUCUUACAUCAUCCGAAAUUUGCACCAUACACUUUCCGUGGAGAAGUCUAUCGAGGCAUGGUCGUGGAAAAAGCGUGCAUGGAGCAUUACAGACCCCACAGACGCAUUGUCAACACUACUUUUCUGUCAACAUCAAGAGAUCGUAACGUGGCAAAAAUUUUUAGUUAUCAGAACGAGGUGAAAGAAGACCAAAUCUCGAUCUUUUGUACAUAUGAAAUUAAAAAUGAUCGUACGGCACUCUAUAUUGCUGAGCUUUCAGAGGUAUCUGAUGAAAAAGAAGUAUUGAUACUUCCAUUUGCUGCAUUUACCAUUAAUACUGUUGGAAAAAACAACGACGGAGAAAUACAUAUAUGGCUUGAAGAGUGUGAACUAACACAACCGAAGAGUUUCCUUACAAUUCCAUUUUUUAAACGCAGGCAAAGCAACACAGUAUUAACCGAAUCGAUCCAACUCUAA